AUGGGCAAGUUACUCAGAUACACAUCAAAGAGGAGUGUAAUAAUAUAUUAUACUUUUGCAUUAAUAGGUCUAGUUGGUAUUUUGUCUUGGUAUCAGCAUAAUUCGCAACUUCUAUCCGAUGAUAUUGAUUUGCAUUCUACUUACGACAUAUAUGAUGAGUACUACAAGCUACCGUCGUUAGUUCAAGAUGCAACAGCAUCCCAUUCUGAUGAAGAACCUGAAGUUGGUCAAUUUAAAAACACAGAAAUAUAUUCUUUGCUUCUCGAUAGUUACAAUCUCACAAAAGAGUGUGAUAAACACUCUUCAAUUUAUGAAGAGAUUUUCAGUAAUCAUGGUGUUAGCACUGUUUUGGGCCAACUUGAUUUUGCCAAAAGAUGUGACUUGUUUUUUACAAAUGUGUUUUUGAAAAAUCACAAUUGGAGAUUCAACACUAGUCAAAGUUAUGAUAUUACUUAUGAUGGGCCUUACGAAAAGUUUUGCCAACAGAACUCAAAGAAACUCAAAACUGAAUUUAUCAAAGAGAGAGCUCGCUUUAACAAGUUUUCCGACUUUACAAGGAAAACAUAUGCCGAAAACAGGCAACGAGAAAUUGAGCAAACGGUUGUUGAUGAGUUAACUAUAUUCAGACUAUAUAACAAAUGUUUUGUCACAGAUGAUGAUCCAAUUCAACAGAGCAAAAUCAAGAAUUUCAUUACUCAACAGAAACAAAUGGUGGAUAAGAUUGGUAGUAGUAAUCCAUCAAAAAAAUUUGAGUUUACUAAAUACGAAGAUUUGUUUCAAAAAGGAAAAGAAAAACUGAAUCGCAAUAAUUUUGAUCAUAGAAUCUACCCUUGGCUAUCCCUUGAAACUCCUAUUUUUGAGAGGUGGACGGGGAAGGUGUAUAACGAUAUACCGAAUUAUAGAGAAAUACUCAAUGACCCAUCACAACCUGGCAAAAGAAAGCUGUCGUUUUUUUCCAAACCCACAAACACUAAUUUUUUCAAACAAUAUAAAAACGAUUGCAAUGGUAGGGGGAUAGUUUUGACAGUUGCCGAUAAGCACGUUGACUAUACUGUCAAUUUAAUUCAUCUUUUAAGAGCUUUGAAUAAUAAAUUACCAAUCCAGAUUGUUUAUUUUUAUAAUUUUAGUCAAGAAUCCAAAAAGGCUAUCCUUAGAGCUGCAAGAGACGACUAUUCGCACUUGCCUGAUUCGUUUAAAAAUGUUGAUUCAUACUUUCCCUCGGAUUACUUGGAAAACAACCACAAGACACGAGGACUACCCAAACAAGAAGUUUGGUUUGUUAAUGCAGCAAACGUUUUAAAUGAAAGGGAUAAACAGAAAUUUAAUGGAUUUGCCAAUAAACUAUUAGCGACUCUAUUCAAUUCGUUUAAUGAGUUUAUGUUGAUUGACGCAGACACGGUAAUGAUGAAAAACCCAGAAACCUUUUUUGAGAUGAAAGGUUAUAAAGAAACUGGUACUCUUUUCUUUAAAGAUAGAUUUGUUUUACAAAAAAGAGAUCUUGAAGAGGGCAAGUUAUUCAAUCGCGUUUCUCAGUCAACUGUUGAUAAGCUAAUGUUUGAUGUUGAGCCAAUGACAAACCAUACAUUACAACGAGAGUUUUUCCGUGGUUUAGUUCAUACAAUGGAAUCAGGGAUGGUUUUGUUGAAUAGAGAAAAGCACUUUAGUUCUAUCCUUAUGAUUACCCACCUCAACUUUAUUAAACCAAUCCGAAAAAAGAGCUAUGGAGAUAAGGAGUUGUUUUGGCUAGGUUUUGCAUUCAAUGGUGAUGAAAAUUACCAUUUUAACAGCUAUAGUGCGGCAUCAGUAGGUGAAUUGACUUUGCCUAGUGAUUGGCAAAAACCGGAUGGGACACCACACUACUCUCAGGAGCUUUGUUCUUCGCAUCCAGCUCAGAUUAGUGAAGAAGAUGGACAUUCGUUGCUCUGGAUAAAUUCGGGUUUUGGAUAUUGUCCACAAGCAAAAUCGAUUGAUUUUAACAAGGAAAGUAAGAUUGGUCGUAGGUUGACCUUUCUUCCACAGACUAUGGAGGCAUUUAAACAGUAUUAUUUUGACCCACUAAGGAUUCGUCAUGCCAUUAUCCCACCAGUAGAUGACAAGUUGAACAAAAGAUACAACUACAAUGACGAGCCGACGGAGGGAUGGCUAAUGGAUCGUGACUAUUGUAAAAGGUAUUUAUGGUGCGCAUACCUGAGCAUAGGUGGGAAAUUAGAAGGUGGAGAUAAGGAUAACAAGUUGGAAGGAAAAAUCAUUACCUUUAGUGAUAAAGAGAGACAAUUAUUUGAUUAUUAUGGUGAUAUUUGGAUGGGUAUGGAGUAG